AUGAAGGAGUGUGAAACAGUGGCCCUGACUGAGGAAUGCAGUGCAAUCAUCCAGAAGAAACUCCCUCCCAAGCUGAAAGAUCCUGGCAGCUUCAGUAUUCCUAUAGCUAUAGGAAAUAUUGAAGUAGGAAAAGCAUUAUAUGAUCUGGGAGCGAGUAUAAAUCUGAUGCCACUGUCCAUGUGCAGAGCUCUUGGAAUUAAAGAACUAAAGCCAACUACGGUUUCUCUCCAGUUGGCUGAUAGAUCGAUAAGACGACUAGAUGGGGUAAUUGAGGAUGUUUUAGUUAAAAUUGACAAAUUUAUCUUCCCUGCAGAUUUUGUAAUUCUGAAUAUGGAAGAAGAUGCCGAGAUUCCCCUAUUGCUUGGAAGGCCAUUCCUAGCCACUGCAAGAGCAAUGAUCGAUGUCAAGCAAGGGAAACUGAUGUUGAGGAUGAACGAAGAAACAAUCACCAUUGAUGUCUUCGAGUCAAUGAAACAUCCGUCAGAUGGAGGAGACUGUUUCAUGGUUGACAUUAUACAAGAAGCAGUUGAUGACACGAUGAAAGAGGAGAGUUCCCCACUCGAGUUAGAACAAAUCAACGAAGAAGCUGAAUUUUCUGAUAAAGAACCAGUGGUGGAAGAACUAAAAAGAAAGAAAGAUGACAUCCCUCUUGGAGCACCGAAGGUGGAGCUUAAGGAGUUACCUCCAAAUAUGAAAUAUGCUUUCCUUGGUAACAACAAGACUUACCCAGUCAUCAUCAGUGUCGAGUUGUCAACCAUGGAAGAAGAAAAGCUUCUAAAGGUGCUGAAAAAACACAAAGCUGCAAUAGGAUGGUCAUUCUCCGACUUAAAAGGUAUAAAUCCUUCCUUUUGUACUCAUAAAAUUCUAAUGGAAGAUGAUAUUAAACCUGUAAGGCAGCCGUAA